AGAUAAUCUAAUUCCAUGGUUAAGGUAAGUCACUCAAGUGUGUAUACGACAUGAAGUUUAUCAGCCUCCCGAGCGACCGCGGCGGAUUACAAGGUUUAAAGAUAGACGACUCAUCAUUAUUUCUGACACUAGGGAAGUUUCAAGUGAAGACCGACAAGCGGACCACUAAGAGCCAUGGCCGAUUUGAUAGAGAUCGUGGUCGCCCUGGUGACCGGGUACGUGUUGUGGACGGUCGUAACUACCCUGUGGAGAUACAACGCCCUCUGUCGGAAAGUGAAGAACUUCAGUCAAAUUGGUCCUGCCCAUUGGUUUUGGGGACACAUGAAAUUGGAUGUUAUGUCUGAUUUGCGAUCGGUACUGAGCUUGCCUGACGAAGAACUGUACAAGAUGUCUCACAACACUAAAUGGGCCAUAGUCUGGAUGAGUUUUAUACCAUUAAUCCAAGCCAACCAUCCCGACAGUGCGAAAGCCGUGUUAAAACUGUCCGAUCCCAAACCUAGAGGGAGGGGCCAGGUAUAUAGCAUCUUUAAUGAGUUUCUAGGUGACGGAUUAGUUACAAGCAACGGGAAAAAAUGGGAAAGAAACCGAAAAUUGCUCACUCCAGCUUUUCAUUUUGAUGUGCUGCGUCCGUAUGUUAAGAUAUACAACGAGGCGGCUGAUAUUGUACUGGAAAAGUUCGCCAGACAAAUGAAAGAAACCCCUAAAAGUACCGACAUCUCAGACGUUCUAGACCUGGCCACACUGGAUGUGAUACUCAGAUGUUCUCUGUCUUACGAGGGAAACAUCCAGCGACAAAAGAACCACCCUUAUGCGGCUGCCACACACAGAAUAGGGGUACUCAUAAUGAAGAGGAUGACGUAUCCCUGGCAAUUUAUCUCCUGGACACUCUAUAUGAUGUCUGCCGACGGAAAGGAGUACAAAAAACACAUGGAUUACAUUCAUGGAUUCGCCGACGAUCUGAUAGCCAAACGAAAGAAAGCUUUGGCUGAAAAUCCAUCGUUAUUGGAGGGCAAACAUAGACUUGAUUUUCUGGACAUUCUGAUGACAGCUAAGGACGACUCCGGAGCCGGAUUGACGGACAAGGAAAUCCGGGAUGAGGUGGAUACCUUUAUGUUCGCUGGACACGAUACUACAUUCGCAGCUCUGAGAUGGGCCCUGUAUAACUUUGGACUUCACCCCGAGGAGCAGGACAAAGUUUAUCGGGAGGUGUGCGACGUCACGGGAGACCGGACGUACAUACUAUGGGAGGAUCUUGGAAAACUACACAAACUGACAUUGUUUAUGAAGGAGAGCAUGAGGAUGUUUCCCCCUGUGUUGUCCACUACUAGACUUCUUCAAAAACCUCUUGAACUAGACGGCGUCUCCUUCCCGGCCGGAACUUGUCUGUCAGUUGGCAUGAUUGGUCUACACCGUCAUCCCGACAUCUAUCCUGACCCCAAGGUGUUUCGACCCGAACGUUUUCUGCCGGAGAAUUCCGAAGAUCGUGAUCCUUACGCCUUUUUACCGUUCUCUGCCGGUCCCAGGAAUUGCAUUGGACAAAACUUUUCCAUGAAUGAACAGAAAGUGAUGUUGUCUAGAAUUAUCAAAAGAUUCAAAAUUGUGUUAGAUGAGGACCACGAUGUCAUUCCGGUAACGGAGUUGACUUUACGACCAAAGAACGGCAUCAAAAUCCGAUUUGAGGAGAGAUAAAGUCAUCAGAAUCUCAUUUAAGCAAAGAAGAAAUCCACCAAAGAAAUAUUUAUGUUGAUAAUAUAUUUUAAUAUCGAUUCGGAAAGAGAGAAGUUUCUUAAUUUCGUAAUCCCAGAAAAGUUCUUUCGAGAGGAAAGACAAGGCCAUCAACAUCAAGAUUUUUUUUUAUUUAUAACCAUCUUGAAUUCCUAGAAUUUAACUAAACAUCGCUUCUAACAACACAUACGUGAACAUUUAUUCACUUUAAUUGAUGCCGCACUUCACUCAUUAUUUGACAUUUGCUCGACGCACACUUUGAUUUAAUCGUACAUUUGUGAUGAUCAUACCGCUUUUAAUGUAAAUGGUUUACCUAUAUAUUUCAUAAAACACGCUAGUGCUUAUUCACUUGAUUAUAGUUCUUAUUUGUGUAUGUAUUACCAGUUAACCGAUAAUGACAGAACAGAACAAUCUUGGACAUUUUAGUGACUGAUAAAAACUAAUUCACUGUGUUGAAAAAUGCACAUCUCAUGAUGAAACAUUUUCGUUCAUAGUACUAUGAAUACAACUUAAAUUUGGCAGGUUCUUAAGAACCACUGUUUGAGAUACACAUACCUGUUAUAUACAUGGGCUAUUAUCUAAUAGUCCGUAAUUGUUUUGUUGACUAAAGGGACUGAUUGUUUGGGCUGCUUUUGAAAGGGAUUUGCAAGGAGUUCCAAGGAGUUUCGUUUUAAGGAAAUACGGUUAUUUUGUUCUAAUCUGAUUCGUCUACUUUGGUGUUACACCAAACAUUUUGAUAUAUGUACUGGUCAGAUUGUCAUUUAAUCUGAUACCAAGUAAAAAAUUGUGAUUAUUUUAAAUAUUGUAAAUAUUAUCUCAAAAACAAAAAAUAUCAGGGAUGGCCGAUCUUUCCC